AUGUGUGAGACUUCGCCGUCUGUCCCGUCGCUGGAGGUCGCUACCGUUACACAGCCACCACUGCCUGCCGCUGGUGAUGGAAACGAUGAAGUCACCAUUCUCUCCGCUUUUUCUCCAGCCAUCACCGACCUCGACCCCUCCGCUCUCGUGGCAUGCGCAGAGCAGGGCAAACUGACAAGAACCUUCGUUGAGGCGGCGGUCGUGGUCGACGAAGGUGCCCACACUCCCUUUUCCGUGAACGACGCUACACAGUCCAGGAUAAAGGGGAGGACACCAUUUCUGGCGGACACGGAGGGCAGCGAGGUGAUCCUCGGUGACACCUCACAAAACAUCUUGCUCUCACCACCGCUUUCUUUCACAGAGGCGGGCGAGCAUCACGGCGCUCCGCAGCACAACCCCAACACCUCCAGCGUGGGAGACGAGGAAGACCAUAACGUGGACGGCGAAGAUGAUGCUGAUGUGGCGCGAGGCAAUGCGAUACAGGACAAGUACAGCAUCACGUCAGAGUGGGUCGAAAGCCUUCCGCGAGCCGACUCGUCUGUCUUCCUUGACGAGUCCAUCCAGGCGACUGCUAGUGCAGAGGCUACGGUGGUCGUGUCAGCGGUCGUGGACAAGAAGCGAAGGCAAAGAGAAGACGGCGUCAAGGAUGGGCAUGCGAAAGGUGGCAAGGGUGACCGAAAGCGGCGCACGCAGGAGAAGGCUGAGGCUGCCGAGGUGCAAGCAGCCUUUAAGCACUCCCAGCGAGCGCUGCGGAAGCAGGCGAAAUCCGUGAGCAUGAGGGACGUCUUCUCUCGCACGCUUUCCCUGCCGUCGUCGCUGCAUAUCGCUACCGAUGCGCUUGGUAGUUCCCUUUCCUUUCCUCCCAACAGGUUACUUGUGGACACCGGCAUCCACAGCAACGGUUCUAAUGUCGAUGGCACUUCUCCUGCCACGACGGGUGUGUACUCGCCCUCGUCGCUUGUAUCGCCGUCUUCGCCCUCCAGCAGCAGCGCGUGGUCUCCCGACGUGGUAGGCGAGCUGACGAACCGGUUUCUCGCCCAUGUGCAGCAGCAGAAGCGGCAGAAGUUCGAGCAGAUGGUAUCACGCGAGCUCACACAGUCCCAGGCGCUGAGCCAGACGCGGAGCCUUGCACAGCACCCACGCGAACACGGCGGUGCUGAGAGUGGUCAGCGCAGUGACGACGACGAGUACAACCCGCGUACGCGCACGGACAGCGCGAUGGCGUGUGACUUCAGAACACCAGUUGACGAGCUCGUUAUUGGAGAGGAAGACAAUGAGGCGGCGAACUGGAUGCCGGCCGACUCGUCCUCGUCCAACUCACAGCACGCGCGGCGCAUGAUACAGCGCGACCCGGUUGCAGGCGACGAGAUGAUGCUACUGGGAGCUAGCUCAAGCGAGGAGGGGCGAUUUCCGUCCUUCUCCACGACGCCGGCCGAAAGUCGAAAGGCGGAGGAGAAGGAGGAGAUCUCGCAACAGCAAGAGCAGGUGAUGAGGUCGCUCGCCCGCAAGCAUGAGAUCUGGAAGCUGAAGCAGCGACAUCUGCGGGCGCAGGAGCAGGUCAAGCUGGACGAGCGCGCCAGGGCAAUGCAGCAGCAAAAGUCGACCAAACCCCUCGCGGCCGUCACGCCGACAUCGUCUUCCGUCAACGUACCCUUAGCCCGCGGCGACGCAGGCGCGGCCCCGGCGACGUCUGCGACCGCGGCCAGCGCGGCGUCCGCACCGUUUUUCACUGGCAUCUUCCGCAACUACGCGGCUGCCGAAACAGGCGCACAGCGCAGUGGCCGUAGUGGCGGUGAUGGUGCUACAACCGCUGCGUGCUCUAGACAGUUGACAAAGCUGUCUGCAGAUGACAUUUCCAUGAUCCGCCGCAUCAACAGCUUCGACAACACCUCGACGCAGCGCGUGGUCGUCUUUGGCACGGCGGCGUCGAAGCAAACGAAGUAUGAGGGCAUGCAGCGCUGA